CGAGUUUUCGGUGGAAUCAGUCCAUUCGAGUGCUGACGCUAGACUAACAGUUUUGUCCACAUAACUCAAUAAAAUGUGCACUAUUAGAUUGUCUAUAAUUUUUUUACUUUUCCAAAUCACCUGCGGUUGGGGCUACGUUACGGAGGUCCUAACGAUGGGUAGAACCACAGCUUGGCAUAUAACGAAAAAUUCAUCAGCUGCUAACAGCUCUCUUGAUGUUGUCCAACAAAUUGACGCUUUCCUCGGAAUCGCCCCACAUUCGCCUUCUAAUUUCUCUCUACUCCCGAUGAGGGUUUACGACGAAGCUAUAGACUUGCGAUUUGCUGAGAUCCGACGAUUGUUGCACAUGACGAAUCAUCAUGACUCCAAGGAACUGGAUGACUUCUUGCCGAAUAUCAAGACUAUUAAUGAAUUUUACAGAUAUUUUCGUAAAGCUAUUGAAGUGACGCAUAAUCCUUUCAACGUUGAGUGGGUGGACAGCCCAAAUAAUGUUAUUGUGGUCAUCAACGAGAAACUUCGAGAAUUACAUAGAGAUUGGCAUGGAACACAUGAUGGACUUCCUAUGUUAAUUGCUAGAACAAUGAAUAAAAGCCAUGAACAUCAGUGCGGUAAUACCCAGUCUGGCGCUCACAUACUGAUGUCGCUCCAUGAAACGUUGAUGAUCGCCGAACUCCAAGCUGCGUGUGUUCUAGGGCUUGCCUAUAAUAUGCUGCUGGUCCCAAAUAACAAAGGCAUCGUAAACACCAAAGCAGAUUUCGAAAAACGAUUCCAUGAUUAUCUGGAGACGUUCAUAGCCGCCAUGGAAAUCGUUCCAGGAGAUAUGAGAGCCUGUGAUCCAGAACCAAAAUGGAUUCGGGAUGAAACGUACUUUGAAGCCGAGAAGUUUGUUCAAACGUCGAUCUUGCAGCCCGUUUCGUCGUGGACGCUAUUAAGACUGCGACAUUAUCUGUUAUCUACCGAUCGCCAGGACGAGGAGGUCUGCAAGGACUUGGCGGAGCGAUCGAGGACAGGUGAUGUGCAUCUAGCGCUCACUGACGAUCGGUUAUUCUGUCAUGGAUACGCUGAUAAGUGUCAACCCAUGAACAAUAUACUCGAGGGUUGUUUACCAGACAACAGUGUGAAACGCCUGGAAUGGUUGAAGUUGGACGACUUCCGGACAUUGGGACAGAAUUACGAUAAAUGUGACAAUGGAAGGAAGUUCUCUGGUAACACUCGUGUCGAAACUAAGAUUUGCGCUUGUCAGUGCUUCGCGAAAAACAACUGGAUUGCACUGGGUCUCGUCAACGCUGAUUAUCAGAACAACAUGGUCGUCACCGGUUUACGAUUGGUUCGUGAGAACAAUAUUUUCUAUCUUCAAGUGAAACAGGGAAAAUUACUUCCUGGAGGUAAAAUUGAUCCGGCUUCGGAGAUGUGGCUAGAUCUUCCUAAAGAAGAUACAGUCAAAUAUCCACUUUAUCGUGGAUCAGCAGAGUCCAAUCCUCAGUUUAUCGUCAGUGAUCUCAUCGCACCGCAUGGAAGUCUCGUAGUUGGUGCUGGAUUCGUCAACCAGAAUGACAACGACCUGUUUCUUGUUCGACUACGUACCAUGAAAUUCGACUUCAUGAGUGGAAAAGUUCUGCAGAGAGAGCCUCACCAGGAUAUAGACACUGUCCUCGAGCACAGUAUCGACCUGAUACCGGGAUCGAUCAACUCGAUCUAUGCGGAUGCCCGUAGCAUACCGUUAUCAACGACUGCCUGGGUUCCAUUGAUUCGAUCCUCGCUGGAGAGUGACGUGGGACAAUCGACAUUGCCAUUAUUCGAUGGUGUUCCUGUUGAAACUAAUCCACCAUCAGCUCUGGGUGGAGUUGGAUUCAUUCACAAGGGGACACCUGGUUACGGUGGUUUCUUCUCACUCAGAUUGCAUUCUCUGGCGUAUGGAGAGUAUUUGAAUGUAUCCAGCGGUACCAAAUGAAUGAAAAUCACGUUCUUUAACAAGUGUGAAUUGAGGUCGAUAUGGACCGAACCCCCACGUAAUCUAAUUCCAGGCAUUUUAUGAUUUUUUAUCACUUAAUCAUAUUAAUAGUUGGUCAUUUCGUAUAAGGUACUGACCACAGGGGUCAUUUAAAAGGAAUAAGUUGUUGACAAGUGAAAUAAAAUCUUUAAAAAUUG